CCAGGCCUACUGAGCUGAGGACAUGCACAGCUGGAUCAAGGAGAUCACGAGGGCGGUGCAGGCGCUAAAAAGCUGCCCGAGGGAAAUUUCCUUGGUGAGAUCCGCCUCCGUGAACAAACACGGCGGCCCCUCCUCGGCCACCUCUGCCGUCACACGGCUGAAGCAACAGGUGGAGGGGGCGAAGGCCGCCGGCAAAGGACCCGCCACCUCCUGCUGGCUGCCGUGGGUCCCUGUACCCCCGUCGGAAGCCAAGCAGCCUGCGCCGGAAGAGAAGGGUGCUCGAGUGAAGGACUUGGAGUUUGCACCUGCACUGUCGGAGCAAGACGCCGGAGGAGGGCAGGUCCGGCGUUUACGGCACCGCUCCGAGCCCCAAAGCUUCAGGGAGCACCCUUUCCCCUUUGACCUGGAUGAUGAGAGCAUCCGGACCUCGGACGUGUGACCAUGUGCGGCGCGCUGAUGCUUGCCUUUGAAAGCCUGAGACCCUGAUCUGGAGAGAUCCGGUGGGCGAGCCUCUCUCUGCCAGCUUGGACCUUCUCAGGAGGUUGGGACGGCCACGGCCACGAGGGGGGACUUGAGCAGGACGUCGGAUCGGACCACGGACUCUGGGGCCCCCGGGGCCCCUGUGGGCUUCCAUCCAGCCUUCUUACCAGCCGGUUGCCUUGGCAAAAUUGUAUGACAGUUGCAACCCACCUCGGUGCCUUGAUUAAAAUGGGGACGUUCAGGGGAACGGCUUCCUUUACAUCAAACAGAGGCCUUCCUAUGGGAGAAAAAAAAUAAAACUAGCCUGCUGUCAAUGCAGGCUGUUGUAUUUGAGUGGCUUCACUUUGGAUAGAGUGAAGCAGAGGCCCCAUUGCCAGAUUUGGUUGAAACCCAGUAAGGCUGGUGCUUCUCUUUCUCUCUCUUUGUGUCUGUGUGUGUGAGAGAGAGAGAGGGAGAGAGAGAGUUUGUGCACAUGUGCAGAGCUUAAGAGAAAUAAAUUUUGCAGAUGGCGGCUUUCAGAAUCUGCCACGCUGGUGGUGGUGGGUUUGGAGAGUGGGCUGCCCCAAAGUAAAA